UCAAUUUACAGGAGACCAGGCCUGCUGAAAACAGACAGGAACAGCUUAUUCCACUGGCAGAAAAGGGUUUUAGGAUGGGAGUUGGCAGGGUUCAUUGACAGAGCUUCAAACUAGCUAUGAAGGGGGUUGGGGGUGAAACCAGGGUCGCUAGAAAGGAGCCUGAAUGUAACAUACCAGUUCUUUUGGUUGAGGAAUGUGCUAGCAAGACCUUGCAGUCUUGUGUCUUGGUGAAGGAGGAGGAUGAUAUAACACUUUACAGGAAGGACACAAGGGUUGGUGAGAGGUUGGUUACUAUGGAAACAUCUGAGUAUGGUCAAGAGGGUAUUAGGGCUUCUCCUGCCCAAAAGGUGGCCCAGCUGAGGUGCAUUUACAUUAAUGCAUGCAGUAUGGGUAGCAAACAGGAGGAGCUGGAGGCCAUUGUGCUAGUAGGAAACUAUGAUGUAGUUGCCAUCACUGAAACCUGGUGGGAUGAUUCCCAUGACUGGAGUGUGGCCAUUGAUGGCUACAAACUGUUCAGAAGGGAUAGACGAGGAAGGAGGGGAGGAGAAGUUGCCCUCUAUGUUAGGAAGUGGAUAGAUUGUGAAGAGCUAUGCCUGAGAAACAGCUGUGACCAGGUUGAGAGCUUGUGGGUGAAAAUCGAGGACCGGUCCAGUAAAGGACAUCUAGUGGUUGGGAUCUGCUACAGGCCACCUGAUCAGGGGGAGUCUGUUGAUAAGGCCUUCUUGCUUCAGCUGCAACAAUUGUCACGCUCACAAGCUCUGUUACAUGCUGGUAUGGCUCCUGUCCUGCUCCCCUGUUCCUUCUUGCUUGUCCUCUGUCUCCAACCUGUAGCCCAUUGCUGUUUCACCUUUCUCCAUCUCUUUGUUCUCAUUAUUCUCUCUUCACUCAUCCCCCCUGCCAUGCUGGUGUCUGUUUUCUCUCUUACUACCUGUCCUGUCCCCAUCCCUCCCUCCCUUUCUGCACCUUACUGCCCUGCUUCCUAUCCUUGUUUUCACACUCUCCCUCUGUCCAGCUCCCCACCAGGAUCUCUCAGUCUAGCUCGUCCCUGCUCCCCAUUCUCCCCCCCCACACACACCUUUUCCUCUCUUGCUUGCAGCCCAUCCCAGGCUUUUCCUUCUUUGUCCUUCUUUUCCCCACUCUGUCCUUCUUCCUGGCUUUCUCAAUUUUUCUCCCUCCCUAAUGUUUCACUCCCCAUGUCCGCACUGCUCUUUGUUGUUGCGGUCCCUCCACCCUCCUUCCACUCCCUGUUCUAUUGGUCUGCAUCUCUGUCCUGCUGCCUCUGCCAUUGUUCUAGCCCCUUGUCCAGCCAGCUCGUCUCUUAUCCUUCUCUCUGUGCCUCUGUCCUGCUCCCCUUCCCUUUGUGCUCUUUUGCUCUCUCAGCCUUGCUCCACACUGCUGUCUCUCCUUUCUCCAUCUCUGUCCCAUUCUGCACCUCUCUCUUAAUUACAGCGCUCUGAUCUCAGCUGUUUUGCCCCCUCUAAGGACUUUUCGGUUCUCUAUCUCUCAUCAGUUCUUCUCCAUUUCUCAUUUCUGGUGCCUAUCUCUAUUUGAUUUUUCUCAGUCUGUCUUUCCUGCUCCCCAUUUCUCAGUUUCUCUUUCUGACAAAUUUUACCACUUUGUCUACCUCUGCUUUUCCAUGUUCUUGCAUCCUGCUCUGCUCCACUGUCUGUAUUGUGCUUUCUUGCUCUCCACCCCUCCCUUUCUUUCAGUUCAGCCAUUGUGUUCCCUGUCUCCUCUCCCAAUCCCACCUCUGUCCCUGUGCUGGCCUUUCUCUCUCUGCCUCCCUGUCAUUCUCCUUCUCUCUCCCGCUUUCUUGCUUUCUCUGUCCUGGUGACCAUCACUAUUUUAUCCUUCUCCAUCCCUUUGUCCUGAUUCCUGUUCCUUUUCUUAUCUGUCUUUGCCUCCAAGCCUAACCCAGUUGUUCCCUUCCUUGCUUCUCUCUGUCAUUCUGUUGUUUCUCACUACACCUAUUACUAUUUUUACUCUUGCUGUCACCCUGUUCUGCUUCCUCUCCUUGUCUUUUUUGUCUUUCUGUGCUGUUCCCUGUCUCAUCUUUCUAGCUAUAACCCCCGACCAGCCUUUGUUUUACUUUCUCAACCUUUGUCCUGCUGCCUGUUGCAGUUGUUUUUUCCUCCGGUGUUGUCCUCCUUUCUGUCCCUCUGUUCUCCUCCCUGCUCUACCCUCUGAUCAUCCCUGUCCAGCUCCCUGCCCCAUGGGUUCUUCUUUUCUCCUUCUGGCUGUCAAUUUUCUCUCUCACUGCUUGUGCCCUACACCAUUUUCCUUAUUUUUUCUUCCUCUUUCUCUGUCUUGCAACCCAAUGGUGAAGGAAGCAGUUGUUCCCCAUGGGACGGAUGUGUAGAUGGACAGACACCAUUUGAUGCCUCAUCUCUCUGGCCUCCAGGAGAAGGGGGAAAUGUACAGGGACAGAGCGCUGCUGCAGCCUCCUUCCUGGGAGUUCUGCGCAUGAGUUGCCGGUUGUCUGUGCCUGCCUGAGGCUGGUAGAACUUUGGCCCACGUAAGGUGUGCAAGACUCCAGUGUAUUCUUUUGAGUGGGUGACAGAUGAGCCAACAGAUACUUACAGAGGAGGAAGCCACAUGAGAGAGUGAGAAAGAAGAGUUUGAGCUAGAAAUUCUCCCCAGCAGAACCAAGAACAGGAGCUGUGAUGGAAGAAGUCUUCUUGGCCCAUAUGAAUCCAGAGUGGUGUUUCUUCCUAGCAACUGGAGACCAGGUGUACAUACAGUGCUGCCAAAGGAACUCUCUCACUGCAAUGGCAAGGUCUGUUCUCAGGGCUGUUAACAACGCAAAUGGCAGUGAGAGCAGAAGGAUCAGACACCUGGAUCUCUGCAGGACACAUCAUGAACAGGAAGCAGCCAUGCACCGGAAGCAGAUGACACCACACAGCUGGCAGCUUCGCAGAGACUAAAUGCAGAUGAGGGGUAGGGAGGCAUGAGUAUUAUUUUUUAGCUUUUAAUGUCUGGCAAGUGGAUGGUGAGAGGGCUAUAUGUUAAUGUAAUGGUGGAGGUAAGGAGCUGGAUUUAGAGCACAUGUUAUGUAGCUGUAUGUAUUGUUCUGUUGAGAUAGUGUCAAUGAAAACAUUCUACAUGUUC